AUGGGAGGGCCUUGUCGGCCCCUGCUGCUGCUGCUGCUGCUGCAGAUGGCAGCAGCAGCAGCAGCACACUGCAGCUCGCCUUGCCGCAUUCUUGGUAAGCCAAGCUCUAUACAGCAGCAGCAGCAGCAGGCAAUGCUGCAGCAGCAGCAGCAGGCAAUGCUGCAGCAGCAGCAGCAGCAGCAGGCAAUGCUGCAGCAGCAGCAGCGGCGGCCUUCUCUAGCCGCUUCGUGGCUAGUGCGCGCGCAUGACUCUACACCUUCAAGUAGCAGCAGCAGGAACUUCUGCUGCAGCAGCAGCAGCAGGCAAUGCUGCAGCAGCAGCAGCAGCAGGCAAUGCUGCAGCAGCAGCAGCAAGGCUGGGCUGCUGCUGCGGCGCCCACAGUGCGCCUCGCGGCUGGCUGCUGCUUCCUUUGGAAGCAACGAAGAGGCCCACAAGCUGCAAAACUUGGAGCAGCAGCAGCUGCUGCAGCAAAUGCAGCAGCAGCAACUGCAGCAGCAACUGCAGCAGCAGCUGCAGCAGCAACUGCGCGAGCAAACAGCCCCACCCCCGUCGCCGCCCGACUUGGCCUCCGCUUUGCUGCAGCGCAGCUUGCUGCUGCUGGUGGAGCCCCUCUCUGCUGAGGUGUCUCGACAGCUCACGGCGCAGCUGCUGCACUUGGGGGCCUCCGGAGUUUCUGCUGCUACUCUGCACAUCAGCUCUCCCGGCUAUGGGACAGAUGCCCAGGGAGCGCAGCAGGGCGGGGACUUGGAGUGGCUGCCGGUGGCGGCGUUGCUGCUGCAGCACCGAGCAGCAGCAGCAGCAGCAGCGGGCAGCAGCAGCAGCAGCAGCAGCAGCAGCAGCGGGCAGCAGCAGCAGCAGCAGCAGCAGCUAACUGUAACCACAAUAGCCCUGGGGCAUGCAGGGGGCCCUGCUGCUCUUCUGCUUGCCUGCGGCGCAGCAGGAAGGCGUUUCGCAACGCGCAAUACGUGGGUGAGCCUCAAGGCCCCUCCCAUUUGCUGCAGCGGCACUGCCAAGGAAAUUGCAGCAAGGGCGGAAGCGGCGCGCAGCGACCGCGAGCUGUACAUACACUUGCUGCUGAACGCCGCAGCGCAGCAGCAGCAGCAGCAGCAGCAGCAGCAGCAGCAGCAGCAGCAGGAACUGCAGCAGCAGCGAGAGGCACGCCUGAGGCAGCUGGUUAUUGACGGGGGCCUCCUUGAUGCUGAGGAGGCGAAGGCACUCGGGCUAAUAGACGAGGUACAGCACCUGCAGCAGCAGCAGCAGCAGCAGCAGCAGCAGCAGCAGCGGGGUGGGAGCAGCAGCAGCAGCAGCAGCGGGGUAGGCCUGCUUCUGUCCUUAUUUCAGCAGCAGCAGCAGCAACAGCAGCAGCUGCUGCAGCAGCAGCAGCAGCAGCAGAACUUGACAGUGACGGGAGACGCGGGUAGAGACAGAAAACACUUAAAAAACUUCGCUGCCAACGGGAGCGCCAAAGACUUAGGAUACCUGGCCCCUGCAGCAGCAGCAGCAGCAGCAGCAGCAGCAGCAGCAGCAAGGGAGCUGCAGCAGCGAAUGCGGCGGCAGCAGCAGCUGCAACAGCAGCAGCGGCUGGUGCGCCAGGUGCCGCGGUAG